AUGGAACAUCAGAAUGAGGGAUACGUGGCAGCGCAGGAGUCGAGACCUGCAUUGGGAGAACGUCAAAGAUCGCUUCUGCCUCAAAGGUCGGCAAUCUCGAAAGGAAAAUACACUUUGCACGACUUUCAAAUUCUAAGAACGCUUGGAACAGGAUCGUUUGGACGGGUGCAUCUGGUUCGUUCGGUGCAUAACGGACGCUAUUAUGCGAUCAAAGUGCUAAAGAAACAGCAAGUGAUAAAAAUGAAGCAAAUUGAGCACACGAACGAUGAGCGUCGGAUGCUGAAACUGGUAGAUCAUCCCUUUCUGAUUCGCAUGUGGGGCACGUUCCAGGACUCUCGAAGUUUGUUUAUGGUAAUGGACUACAUCGAAGGUGGAGAGCUGUUUUCGUUGCUCAGAAAAUCGCAGCGAUUCCCCAAUCCUGUGGCGAAAUUUUUCGCUGCAGAGGUAAUCCUCGCGCUGGAGUACCUCCACGCACACGACAUUAUCUACCGGGAUCUGAAGCCAGAAAAUAUAUUGCUGGACCGCAACGGACACAUCAAAAUCACAGAUUUCGGGUUCGCCAAAGAGGUUGACACGGUGACGUGGACUUUGUGCGGUACUCCGGACUACAUUGCACCUGAGGUCAUUGCAACUAAGCCCUACAACAAAUCUGUAGAUUGGUGGUCUUUGGGUAUCUUAAUUUUUGAGAUGUUGGCUGGUUUCACGCCCUUUUACGAUACCACACCCAUGAAAACCUACGAAAAGAUUUUACAGGGCAAGGUCACCUACCCGCCAUUCUUCCAUCCUGAUGUGGUAGACUUAUUGGUGAAAUUGAUCACCUCAGAUUUGACCCGUAGAUUGGGAAAUCUGCAGAGUGGUGCUCAGGAUGUUAAAUCACACCCUUGGUUCAGUGAAGUCAUAUGGGAAAAGCUUUUAGCGAAGGACAUUGAGACCCCUUAUGAACCUCCAAUCACAGCUGGCGUUGGUGACUCUUCUUUAUUCGAUCAAUAUCCAGAAGAGCACUUGGAUUACGGUUGCCAAGGUGAAGAUCCCUAUGCGCAAUAUUUCAUUGAUUUUUGA